AUGGAAACAGACAACAUAAUAGAAGAAACAAGUUUUGUAAAAGAAGAGAUCGAAGCAGUAGAAAUAAGGAAAGUUAAAUAUCAGACAACGGUUAAAGAAAGGCUGUCGUGCUGUCUCCUCGGAAUAUUGCUCUAUUUCAUGGACACCAUGACAGUUGGAAGAAUUGGCUUUGGGAGCAUCCAGGGGAUGGAUUUGCAAAAAUACAGCAGCUUGCUCUUUGUGGUUGGGGCAAUUAGCUCGCAGAUUCUGUUCUUUGUCUUUUCGUCUUUCAAGAUGGGGCUCAUAACUACGCCCAUAUCAGAGAACUUUAUAGCGUACGGUGAGCUAUCGAAAUCACUGCAUAUUAACAACAAUCUUUACGGGCCGCAGCUGUUCUACACAGUCAUCGCAUUCAUUACCAUAUCGACAUUCUUGACAAGUCUUGUCUUUUUCACGCUGUAUCUUCUGGGCUUCCAAAGGGUCCUUGAGAAGAUCCCCAAAGAAAUAGGCACUGUGCUGUUCUUUGUUAUAGGGUGUCUUUGCUGUGUGUACGGCAAUGCAUCGAUGAUAGACAUUGGAUCUAAAUACUCAAGUGCCACAAAGUACUUGAUUAUUGCCUCAUACAGUGCUGGCGGCCUGGGACUGUGGGUGCUAUCGCAGCACAUUGGUAAAAGAUAUCCGUCAUUUGGGCCUUUUUCCUACUUUGUCAACUUUCUGUUCUUGACAGCCCUCUCCUACAUUCCAAUCUUCUUCUUCUGGGGAGGAGUGGAAGAAGCUAGAGCAGCUGGUUUCUUGCCCUCCCAGGGGAAAAACUUAAUGGCGCUUUUUGACCUUCCUUUGUUCCAUGAGUUCUCGCUUGACCGCAUACAAUGGAGCCUCAUAUUCAAUGCAAACGGCUUCCUGAAGAUUGCAGGCAUAGUUCUCAUUAACUUGGUGCAAUUCCCCAUCAAUAUUCCAGCAAUCACAACGGGAUGCAGCGUAAAGUCAUCCACAGAAAAAGAGCUGCUAUCAAAUGGAUUUUCAAAUAUGUUUAGCACGAUCUUUGGAGGAUUUUCAACGUACGUUGUGUCCUCUUCGACCAUCGCAUAUAACAGAAACAAAGUCAGCACGAAAAAAAUAGACGGUCUGGCUCUCGUUUUUAUUUUUUCUGUGCUGUACAUUCUUGGCCAGACAUUUUUCUCUUUUGUUCCGCAGGCCUGUCUGGACAUGCUUCUGCUUUUCAUUGGCUUUGACAUUUUAAAAGACUCUAUCAUAACGGUAUGGAACGAAGGCGCGUAUUCCAUAUUCUUCACAGUCUGUGUGGCUCUUCCUACCCUCUAUACACAAGAUCUGCCCAUUGGGCUGUGCAUUGGCAUUCUGCUGUCUUUUCUUUGCUGCAUGGUGAAAAAGUACGUGCCAAGCAUAUACCCUUUUUAG